AUGAAUAUCACUACCCGUAGUAAUAUUAAUGACAAAUGCAAUGAAGUUGAAAAUGAAAAUAAUGAUAUUAUACCUAAUUUGGAUUCAAGUAUCAAUUCCACCACUACUCAACAAAAUGACUGUGAUCAUCUUAACGUAAAUAAAACCACUUUUGAAGAAUUAAAAGCUGCUAAGAACAGUGUUAUAAAAGAAAAUGAAGGCAAAAUUUCUCAAAAAACUACACACAAAACUACAGGUCACAAAAGCAAUAGUUUAAGGAAAAAACGAUUUGCACCAGCUGUCUACAAUUACGUUACAAACCAUGACGUUGAUUCUACUGAAAAAUUAGAACCGGAGGGAGUUGUAAAUACUGCGAAUUUGGCUAAUUUUAACAUAAAAACUACACAUGAACCUUUCAAAAGUGAUACUUUAAAAGAUACUUACAUAAAACAUAUACCACGAAACAUUCCUGUUGAAGAAUCUGCAAGCGAUGAACUGAAAGAGUUAAGCUCUAAUAAUAAAAGAAGCUCACAAGAAAUAGAUGAAAGCUCUGAAAGUGUUGACAGUAGUGGUUCUAAGGAAAUAGACAGACAUAAUGAAAGUUCUGAAAGAAAUAAUGAAUCAACAGCAAAUUCAUACGAAAACCGUCUACCAAAUUCGCAGGAAAAAUCUUCGAACGAAAACCUAGAAUAUCAUAAUUCAGAUAACGAUCGCAAAAUAUCACGACCAUUUUUACAUAAUAGUGACGAAACCUAUAAUGACAGUAAUGAAAGUAAAGAAGCCGUAAAAAACCUGAAACCACUUGCGUUUAAACAUAAUAUAAAUAAGGAUGAUAGUGAUGAAACAACUGAGAAUAGCAACAGUGAGGAAAACAUUAAACGCGAACAAAAUAACGCAAAAUUUAAAAACCAUGAUAGCAGUAAUUUAGACGAGAAUCUAAAGAUAGAAGACAAUGAUGAUGCAUAUAACCAAUCAAAUUUUACACAAAACUAUAAAAAUACCAUUGGCGAGAACAUCGACGAAAGUACUGAGCAGAUAUCUAAAGAGAAUAUUUCUACUGAGAACGAGUCCGGCAAUGCUAAUUCGAAAGUUUUUGACAAAAAUGACUCAUAUGAAAAUUCUCCUAUUGAUUCAAACAUACAUUCAAACGACACAACUUCUGGCAAUUUGAAAACAAUUGUUAAUAUAAACGAUGGAGAAGUUAAACCUGUCAUAGAACAGAAUAUAGAGGAUGACAGUAGUGAAUCAAGCGAGGAAUUAAAAAGCUCACAUUUAAAGGUUGAUAAUCCUCAAGAACAAAAGGACGGUGAUGUUGAAAAUAAAAAAGUAGAUUUAAAGCAACAGUUUGAAAGAAUUCCUUUAGAUUAUAAACACGUUGAGGCAGAAAGUAAUGAACAGACAGAAAGCCCAAUAUCUAACAAUGACUCUGUUGGAGAGAAAAAUAAAGAAGUGGCGUCUGAUCCUCCGCCAGGAAAUGAAAAGUUUGAUGAUAAUUUGAAUAUUAAAUUCGGCGACAUAUCAAUCAAGUUACCUGACAUAAAAUUGCCUGAUGAUAUUUUAUCUUUUAACUAUGAAGACCCCUUAUAUGAAAAGGUUAAGUCAGAAAAUUCGUACAGUCAUAAAGAGCCAGAUCAAAGAAAAAUAAAUAACAAUUAUGAUUAUCGUGACAAUUUUAGCCAAAAUUAUAAAAAUAAAGACGCAAGUCAUUCUACUGACGAAGAAGAAGAGGAAGAAAAUGAUGAUGAUGAUGAUGAUGAUAAAAAUGACGAUGAAGAUUUAUAUGAAAAAUUCGUUCGUGAAAGAUUCGGUAAACGCAAGUCAAAAGAAGAAAAAAAAUCUAAAUAUAUUACACCUAACGCGGAACUGUAUAAAACGUUGCAAAAUGUUUUGAAAAAGACUGAAAAAAUUCAACAAGAGGCUGAGAAGAGCGGGGACCCGAAUGCUGGCUACGCAUGGACUUUAGAAUAUGGCCAAAAAUUAUAA